UCAUGUUUACAGUUAUUUUAAAUAUUAUAAAAGAUAAUAGAAGAUGCAACAUAAAUUUAUGGAUGUAGCACUCUCACAAUUUCCUUAUUCCUCCCCGUCGGAAAGGCGUAGGGCUUAAACUCACAAGUAAACGACAAUAUGGGUACAAUACAAGGCCACGUGUUGGCCCUGCCUUACCCCGGCCGCGGCCACAUCAACCCCAUGCUUCACCUCUGCUCCGCCAUCGCGCAAAAGAGCACCGACAUCCUCAUAACCGUCUUCUUGACGGAGGAGUGGAUCAGAUUCAUCGGCUCUGUCAGCAAGCCGCCGAACCUACACUUCGCUGCUAUCCCCAACGUCUUGCCGUCCGAGCUGGUUCGAGGCGCCGAUCCCCGCGGCUUCUGGACGGCUGUUUCGACCAAAAUGGAAGAGCCGGUCGACAACCUUUUAGAUCAGCUCCGGCUUCGCCUGGCUAUCGUUAUAGCUGAUGCGUUCUUGAUUUGGGCAGCUGACAUGGCAGCGCGGAGGAACAUUCCUUUAGCUUCGUUUUGGCCGAUGUCGGCAUCGGUGUUUACAGUGUUUUACCAUUUUGACCUUCUUGUGCAGAACGGACACUUCCCCAUCCACAUAUCAGUGAAUGGAGAUGAAAUCGUGGAUUACAUCCCACGGGCUCCCUCCACUCCUCGUUCGAGAUCUUCCCAAAGUCAUGAGAAAGCAAGAAGAUGCCCCACGCUUCCUUAGGCUCGUCCCUAGGGCUAAAUUCCUCAUCUUCUCUUCCAUUCAUCAGCUUGAACCCCAAGUCAUUGAUGCCCUCAAGCAACAAUCACCGUAUUCAAUCUACAACAUUGGCCCUGCUGCUUCAUAUCACAGACUCAACUACAUCUGCUCCAAUUCACUCACCAUCCCUCAUCAAGAAAACAUCGAUUACAUGCAAUGGCUGGGCUGCCAGCCUCCUGGCUCGGUAUUAUACGUUUCGUUUGGCAGUUUUCUGUCAGUUUCAGCUGCCCAAAUGGACGAGAUUGCUGCUGGGCUACGUGAGAGCAGAUGCCGGUUCCUUUGGGUGACACGAUUUGACAAAACGCGGUUGGAGGAGAUUUGUGGUAAGAAGGGGUUGGUGGUGGAGUGGUGUGAUCAGUUGUCUGUGCUUUGCCAUCCCUCUGUAGGAGGGUUCUGGACGCACUGUGGGUGGAAUUCAAUGAAGGAGGCCGUGUUGGUCGGCAUGCCGUUGCUGACUUUCCCAAUAGUUAUGGACCAAGCGCCUAAUGCUAAGGUAAUAGUUGAAGAUUGGAGAGUGGGAUGGAGGGUAAAGAGGGAGUAUGACGAAGAUGAUUUGGCAAGUAGCAGUGAGAUAGUGGAGAUUGUACGGAGGUUUAUGGACUUGGAGAGUCCGGAGAGGAAAGAGCUCACUAGAAAUGCCAGACAGUUGCAGGAGGUUUGUAAAAGAGAGUUGGCAGGUGGGUCAUUCGAAAAGGAGGUGGAUGGUUUUGCUACAUCAAUCCUAGAAAAUAGUCUCUGAAUUGCAGCUGUCUUGUAUCUAAGUAGCUCCAACUGGUGUUGUCCGUGCGUAGCUGUAACAUGAUUAAACUUCAAUCCUUGUGACUGGAGGAUGCCAUAUCCUUGUUUGUAACUUCAGUGCAAUUGAGACACAAAGGCAACAAUGCAAGUGCGUUCAUGUGGAAAAAUAAAAGCAAAUUUCCUAGGAAAUCGGAUACGCAUAAAACAGAGAGCAAUCAAUUCUUGAGACAUCAAUUGCAGAGUGUCCUCAAAACACAUCAACAAAACUCAAAAGCCUUCCAUUGGAGAGUGCUUUGUCCUUCUUCAGGAUACCACAUUUCUACCAAUUCAACAACACUUUGAUCAUUCAGAACACUAACUCAUAUCAUCCAAGAUGCUCCAAAAAAGAAG